AUGCUCCUCCUUACCAGAAGAAACCUAAUUCCCCUGAAAUCCAUCAUCUCCAACCCUCUUUCGAUCCUCGCCACCCGCUUCCUUUCCACCCAACCAAAUCCGCUCCAAAAUUUCUCUCAUGAUGGAGAAACCCGAGACCACCAAGUUGAAGAACUCGAACCCAUUAGCGUAUCAAACACCUCGUACUGGACCAGAAAGAUUCACGACCUCUGCAACAAGCACAGGAGGGUCGACGAAGCCCUCCGUAUCCUCGAAAGCCUUCGUCUCCGCGGCUACCAGCCGGAUUCUCUCAACCUAAGUAGCAUAGUCCACGGGCUUUGUCUGGUCAAUCGGUUCAAGGAAGCGCACCACCGGUUUGCUCUGUUCGUGGACUCUGGCUGUAUCCCUGAUGAGCGCACUUGUAAUGUCAUUAUCGCUAGGUUGCUCGAUUCGAGAUGCCCAGCUGAUAGUUUGAACAUUCUGUGGCUUUUGGUUGAUGCUAAGCCGGAGUUUGUUCCUUCCUUGGUUAAUUACAACCGGCUGAUUUAUCAAUUUUCCGAGGUUUCGCAGCCGGGAGUUGGGCAUCGGUUGUUUUUCGAUAUGGUGAGUAGAGGGCAUCGCCCAAAUGUGGUUUCUUUCACGACUUUGAUUGAUGGGUAUUGUAAGAUUGGGGAAGUUGGUCUUGCGUAUAAAGUGUUCGAUGAAAUGACUGAAUAUGGCCGGGUGGUGCCUAAUUCGCUCACUUACAGUGUGUUGAUUCGGGGAGUAUUAAGGAGACGAGAGGUUGAAAAGGGGAAAGAACUAAUGAGGUUGCUCUGGACGAGGAUGAAGGAGGAAGAGGAUCAAUCCGUGAAUGCAGCUGCUUUUGCGAAUUUGAUUGAUUCUUUGGGUAGAGAAGGGUUUUACAACGAGGUUUUUGACAUUGCUGAAGGAAUGCCCCAAGGCGAGAGUGUAGAUGAAGUUUUUGCUUAUGGGCAUAUGAUUGAUUCGCUUUGCAGAGUAGGAAGAAGCCAUGGUGCUUCAAGGGUUGUUUAUAUAAUGCGAAAGAGAGGAUUUGUUCCCAGCCAAGUAUCGUAUAACUCUAUUGUCCACGGACUAUGCAAGGAGAGGGGUUGCAUGAGGGCAUUUCAGCUGUUGAAAGAAGGGGUCGAGUUUGGUUACAUGCCAUCUGAGUAUACUUACAAGGUACUGUUGGAAGGUCUCUGUGAGGAAAUUGACAUAUGCAAAGCGAAAGAAGUUCUAGACAUUAUGCUGAAUAAGCCAGGGGUGGACAAAACUAGAAUAUAUAAUAUAUACUUGAGAGCACUUUGCCAGUUGAAUAAUCCCACUGAACUCCUGAAUGUGGUUGUUACCAUGCUACAGAUUAAUUGUCAACCUGAUGUCUUCACUCUUAACACGGUCGUCAAUGGACUUUGCAAGGCUCAAAGGCUUGAUGAAGCCUUAAAGGUACUGAACGAUAUGAUAUCAGGAAGGUUUUGUGCUCCUGAUGUUGUAACCUUCACCACCAUCAUAAGUGGGCUAUUGGCUGCUGGAAGAAACCAUGAAGCUCUUCAACUGUUGAAUGAAGUAAUGCACAGAAUUGGUGUUAGACCUAAUGUUGUGACAUAUAAUGCAGUUAUUCGUGGUCUAUUCCGACUCAGGUUAUCAAAUGAUGCUAUGGCUAUGUUCGAGCAAAUGAAAAUUGAUCAUGUGGAUGCAGACAGUACAACUUAUAGUAUAGUGAUUGGUGGGUUGUGCGAGUCGGACCAAAUAGAGAUGGCCAAGAGUUUCUGGACUGAUGUUGUGUGGCCUUCUAAGAUUCAUGAUAAUUUUGUUUAUGCAGCCAUUCUCAAGGGACUUUGUAGGUGUGGCAAAUUGAACGAGGCAUGUGAUUUCCUAUAUGAAUUGGUUGAUUUCGGGGUCACUCUGAACACUGUGAGCUACAAUAUUGUGGUUGAUGCUGCAUGCAAGUUAGGGAUGGCAAGAGAAGCUUAUCAGAUGAUGAGAGAGAUGCGGAAAAAUGGGCUGGAACCUGAUGCCAUAACUUGGCGGAUUCUUGACAAAUUGCAUGUCAGUCUAGAGAAUGAUUGUGAUCUACGAUUAUCAACUCUUAAACCCUGA